UGAAUAACACACUAAUACAUUUAGGGGUUGCUUUUACGACUAUUUUAAACUCAGUUUUAGGGAUUUUGAUGCAGUAUUUAAGGCAGAAUUCUUCAUGUGACACCAAAUAUCCUUUUGAGUCAAACAGUUGAUGAACCAGAAGGAUGCUUUGAGUAAACCAAGAUAGAUAAAAUAAAGAUUUAUGUCUAUAUAUAAUGUAUUUGCUGUUUCAUAUGUAGUAUUUGUGUGGAGAAAAAAUAUGUUUGUAAAUGGGUGAAAAAAUAACAUUUGGUAUGAAAUUCGGUUAUCAUUUAAAGCCCAAUGAAUGAAACUGAGGGUGCAAAGCCAAUUGUCCUCUUUAGGGGGCGACAUUGCUCCACAUCCGCUCCAUUAAGAUCGUAUCAUAAGAAGAGGUGUCACUUCGCUGAAGAAUGUUUGAGCUGACGGUGAAAUCGGAGGUUUAUUUUCAGGCAGGGGGCUCCGUUUUCACGGAAACAGUGGGUUGGGUCAGAGCGGAUCCAGUCCAGCGCCUUCCGUUUUGGACCUUUUCCUGUUUUCCUAUCUCCAACUAAAAAAAAAAAAAAAAAAAACGGUACUAAGGCGCGGAGUGAGAGAUUUCCUCUUUGUCGUGCCUCAUAAACAGAAGUGAUGUUGGGAGAGGAAGAUGGAAAACUGGGCUGUGGCAUGAACUGAGAGGCUGAGGGACAGCAUACGGGUCUCCUUUGAGGAAAUCCAUUCUUCAAUCCUAAUCUGAUAGAAUCUGAGGGCUGGGAUUAAUCUGAGAUCUACACUUUGUAGCAGGACGAACAAGUCGGACAGGAAAAGGCAGUGAAACAGACCCAUGAGGCCUUCAGGUCUCACUAGGAGAGCCCUUGAAGCCUGCUGUCAUGGCCUCGCCCCCUUCCUGCUCCUCCUCUACAUUUGACGAGGAGUUAAAGGAGCUCUCUGACUGUGAAGAUGCUAAAGAAGCGGGGUCCUGUUUCAGACCGGGACCUGUGAAGCCGGACUCCAUCCACGCUCUCCCAUCUGAUGGUCAUGCAGGUGCUGGGGGGUCGCAGCUCUCCGCUGCCGCCUCCUCCUUGCCUCUCACUAAUGGAUUUGAUGGGGGUGACCGGAUCUUGUCUCUAGAGGGCUCCUCUUCCCCUGAGGGGGAGAUGGGGUUUGCUGAUUUUGGUGUUUUUGGCGAGCAGGCGGCACACCCGUGGUGCUGUGGUCUCACCGAGCGGUGGGACAGCCAGGUGGGAGGAGCAAACCAGCAGGUGGGUAACUCAGGACAGAGGGGCGUUACCCAGUCUGCACCCAGAUCCCAGCAUGCCCUCGGGGCAAAGGAAGAUGUGUGCUCGCCAGAAACAGCCUUCCAACCUCAGGACCGCAGUCAUCCUCAGGAUGAUGGCGAGGCUCAGGAAACAUCUGCUACCUCCCGCCAGUGCGAGUCCAGCACAGAAGGAGCACAUUUGACUGAAAGGAACUCUGAGCAAAGGAUCCUGGGAAGCAUCCCACUGAGCGACAGCUUUGCAGAUUUCUGCUCAGCAUCCGCGCAUGGGGGUGGAGGCGGGGCAUGGGGGCACUUUGAGGAGCGAUUUUCACUGAUGGACCACGUGGAGUUCAGAGAGGCGGUCAGCAGCCUGCACCCUGAGGAGGAGGAGGAGGAGGAACCCGGAGGUGGGAGGAGGAGCAGCACUCAGACUGCGUGCCGCGUCCUGCAGCUUCUCCAGUCCAGCUUUCCUGAGGUUCUGCUUCAAGCUGAGGAGGAAGAGGAGGAACUGCUUGAUCUCAGCGCUGUUCUUCAAGCCCAGCUUCCUCCACAGAGUGAGGAGGCUGCAGAUGUCAGUCACACUCAAAGGACAGAGCGGACGAUGCUGUGGCCCCACCACCACAUCCACAGCUCAGUGGGCCUCCAGUUUCGCUGGGAUGGAUCUCACAGCAACCAAAUCCUGCUCAGAUGCCUUGGAGUCGACUCCAGGAACAAUGUGUUCACUAAGAAGCGGCUGGGGAGUUUGUCUGCUCACGCUUCAGGCCUGGGAAGGCCUGAUCCUUCCAAAGAUGCUCCGGCUGUCUGCUCUCCAGAACCACUGAAGGCCUGCAGCUUUCAGGACCCGGCGGAUUGUUCAGUUCAGGAGCUUCCUUCCAGCCCUCUGGACUGGAGCAUCCGUGGCCUUAGCAGCUCUCAGGACAGCGCAUCCCCCCGCCGUGCACCUCUUUUCUGGGGAUGGAAGUAGACUCCAGCUUCAUUAAGAGCACCUCCAGACUGUGAGGCGUUCUCCUCCACUCCCUGCUGCUGUGGGGUAACCCCUCCAGAAAACAGGAGCCUGUGCCUGUUCCCUCCUCAUCAUCACCUGCUGCUAUCUGUCUGAGGGAAUCAUCUCAGUGUUCUUGGGAUCUUCCCUGGCAGUGCUCCUGCUGAAGAUCAAACCGUUCGGACUCUUUCUUUAACAGGAAAAUGUGUUUCUGUUUCAAUCAAGCCGGAUCUUCUGGUGCUCUCAGAUUUGUUCCAAAAGAAGAAAUGCUGCCAAACGUAAACACACUGUUUAUUCUUUGCUCAGGAACCUUUCUCUAAUAGUCAUUUGAGCUUUAGACUGAAUGUGAAAGGGAUGUGUGGCUUUUGUUUGAUGUAAAAACUUGAUUAUUGUUAUCAUAAUCGUGUUUUUUUUUGUAGUGGCAGGCAUCAAGAAAGAAUAGAGGAUAACGUGCUGCACAAAUGUUUAAGCUGUUCUGCACAAAUGGGCUCAAUCUAUUUUAAAAUAUGUGACAAACGCUUAACUGCGUGUUCCCACUAAAUCCCAAAAAAGUAAGAAUUUGUCACAUUUUGAAUGCACUGAAAACAUAACAGCUCUAGAAAGUGAAAGAGCAGAGCUUUGUAGCAUGAACUGUUGAAGCUGUGAAAGAAAGCUGCCCCUCUUUUGUUUCAAAAAAUUUUCUUGUUUUCUGGAGUCAUUUUUAUGUCCUUCUUACAAAGGAACAGUAGAGGGCAGUGUUCUCUGGAAUUAAAAACCAGAAAAAAUAAAUCUACUAAAACUGUCACAUUACUUUAAAUGCAUACAAGUUCUGCAGAAAACUACUUUUACAUAUUUAUUCAAGUUCUUUUGCACUUUAUGCUGUCAUUCCGAGCAGUUUCCACUCCUAAAGUUCCUCAUUGUGUUAUUUUCUGUUACAGGCGUUAACAUUUGUGCCUUUUGGAAGCAAAAAUGUUCUGUUUCGGUCCACAUGGAUGAGUCAACUUUAGACCAACACUGUAAUCCUUUUUUUUAAAAAAAUAAAACGAUUUAUCUCGAGUUGAGACCUUAUGGACUACAUGAAAGACUGCAAUAAAUCAGCUGUCUACUGAAAUGCA